GGACCGGAGCGCCAUGGGCCGCGCGGCCCCACACCCGCCGCCGCCGCUGCUGCUGCUGCUGCUACUGCUUGGGCUCGAGCGGCCGCAGGGCGCCGAGCUCACCUUCGAGCUGCCGGACAACGCCAAGCAGUGUUUCCACGAGCAGGUGGAGCAGGGCGUCAGGUUCUCCCUGGACUACCAGGUCAUCACUGGAGGUCACUACGACGUCGACUGCUAUGUGGAGGACCCCCUGGGGAACACCAUCUACCGGGAAACCAAGAAGCAGUAUGACAGCUUCACGCACCGGGCUGAGGUCAAGGGCGUGUAUCAGUUUUGUUUCAGUAACGAGUUUUCCACCUUCUCUCACAAGACCGUCUAUUUCGACUUUCAAGUGGGCGACGAGCCCCCCAUACUCCCAGACAUGGGGAACAGGGUCACAGCUCUCACCCAGAUGGAGUCUGCCUGUGUGACCAUUCACGAAGCGCUGAAGACGGUGAUUGAGUCCCAGACGCACUAUCGGCUGCGGGAGGCCCAGGACCGGGCCCGGGCCGAGGACCUGCGUAGCCGGGUGUCCUGCUGGUCUGUGGGCGAGACCAUCGUGCUGUUUGUGGUCAGCGCCAGCCAGGUGCUGCUGCUGAGAAGCUUCUUCACAGAGAGGCGGGUGGCACGCUCCUAGUGUGGUGUCCUGCCGCGCGGGCCCUCACGCCCAGGCCGGAGCCGCACCCCGAGGUUCCAGGCUCCCGUCAUGGCAGACAUGCCCUCGCCUCUCCUUCAAGCCAGAUGCUCACCCCCGGCCCCCACUGCCCUGUGUGCCUGGCGCCGGACGCGAAGUUUCGAGGAGGGUUGGGGGGCCGCCGUGGGAGGGUAGGAGGGGGGCACGGGGAGCCCCAGGUGCCCAAGCCUCCGGGGCACAGCUCCGCGACGCCUGGGUCGCCUGGUCUGCGUGUGCUCUGACGGUGCGGGGCCUCCCAGGGCACCCUCUGUGCCUGAGGCGGCUUUGCAGAGCUCCCCGCUGACCGCGAUGGUGCCGUCAGCCCCGCGUGCAGGGCAGAGCGGCGACCGGGUGCCCCCGCCAGCUGUGUGUCUCUGUCCGUGGGACUCUGGCGAAUAAAGACUCAGCGUGAGUGCCGUG